AUGAGAAGAAGCUGUAUCCAUGCGAUCUGCAGAAGAGACCAUAGUCUUAUGAGGUACUUGUUGAAGAUGUGCGUAAUACUGUUCCAGGGUGGUUGGUGGCAGACGUUCACAAGCCUUAAGGAGUUGCUCUCGGUUAAUCUCGACCUUUAA